AGGCGGCUUCUUCUUCUAUUCCCUCAACUACCCUUUAUUACUACCAUACUCUCUCUCUCUCUCUCUUGCAUAUAGUAACAAUAUAGUUGGCUGUCUUCUUAACUUCUCUCUCUCUCUAGUUGCUGCAUCAUUUUCUGGUCCAAGAACUCUCUUUCUGUCUUUCACCCUUCCCCUCCCUCCUGUGAAUUUUUUCUGCUAACUGUUUGUCAAACCACAUUGAGCGCAUUUGGCAUUUUUCUUCCUUGGGUGGGGUUGUUUUUAGCUCUGGUUUUUAUUUCGAGGCCCAAAAGGUGUAUUUCUCACAAUGGAAGCCAACUCCUCCGGGGAGGAUUGUUGCGUCAAAGUGGCAGUUCAUGUGAGGCCUCUGUUGGGAGAUGAGAAGAUUCAGGGCUGUAAGGAUUGUGUCACUAUUGUGUCCGGGAAGCCUCAGGUGCAACUUGGCACCCAUUCAUUUACAUUUGAUCAUGUCUAUGGUAGUACCGGCUCUCCCUCGACUGCCAUGUAUGAAGAGUGUGUUGCACCUCUGGUUGAUGGCUUGUUUCAAGGGUAUAAUGCUACUGUUCUUGCCUAUGGGCAGACAGGGUCAGGGAAAACAUACACCAUGGGUACUAGUCUCAAAGAUGGAUGCCAAACAGGACUAAUUCCUAAAGUUAUGAAUGCUUUAUUCAGCAAGAUUGAAACCCUGAAGCAUGAAAUCGAAUUCCAACUACACGUUUCCUUCAUCGAGAUUCAUAAAGAAGAUGUGAGGGACCUGCUAGAUCCUGAUUCUGCUAACAAACCAGAGAUAGCAAAUGGACAUGCUGGAAAAUUGACCAUCCCUGGGAAACCUCCAAUACAAAUUCGUGAAACAUCAAAUGGUGUAAUUACACUUGCAGGAUCUACGGAGCGCAGUGUUAAAACACUCAAAGAAAUGGCUGAUUGCCUGGAGCAAGGAUCACUAAGCAGGGCAACAGGGAGUACGAACAUGAACAGUCAGUCAAGCCGUUCUCAUGCCAUCUUCACCAUCACGAUGGAGCAGAUGCGUAGGCUUCAUCCAGGUACUUCUAGUGAUGGUAAUCUAAAUGACUGUAUGACUGAAGAGUAUCUAUGUGCCAAGUUGCAUUUGGUGGAUCUUGCUGGAUCAGAGCGUGCGAAGAGAACUGGCUCCGAUGGUCUACGCUUUAAGGAAGGAGUUCACAUUAACAAGGGCCUUCUUGCACUUGGCAAUGUUAUAAGUGCUCUUGGAGAUGAAAAAAAGCGAAAAGAAGGUGUUCACGUGCCAUAUCGGGAUAGUAAACUCACUCGGUUACUUCAGGAUUCUCUUGGUGGAAACAGCAGAACAGUAAUGAUAGCAUGCAUUAGUCCUGCCGAUAUAAAUGCUGAAGAAACUCUUAAUACUCUGAAAUAUGCCAAUCGUGCUCGGAAUAUCCAGAACAAACCUGUUAUAAACAGAGAUCCCAUGUCUAGUGAAAUGCUGAAGAUGCGUCAACAAUUGGAAUAUCUGCAAGCUGAACUUUGUGCCCGUGGCGGAGGAGUUUCAUUUGAUGAAAUACAGGUUCUUAGAGAUAGGAUUGCUUGGCUUGAGGCUACUAAUGAGGAGCUGUGUCGGGAACUUAAUGAGUUUCGCAAGAGAGGCGGUACUAUUGAGCCACAUGAAGUCACUUCGAAAGUGGGCGGAAUUGGUGCAACGAAAAGUGAAGGUCUCAAAAGGGGAUUGCAAAGUAUGGAGUCAUGUGAUUAUCAAAUGAGUGAAAGCAGUGAUUCUGGAGAUAUUGAUGAAGACACCGCGAAGGAGUUGGAGCAUACCUAUUUGCAGAAUAGUAUGGACAAAGAAUUGAAUGAAUUAAAUCGACAGUUGGAGAAGAAAGAGUCAGAGAUGAAACUUUUUGGAGGAUAUGACACAACGGCUCUUAAGCAACACUUUGGAAAGAAGAUCAUGGAACUUGAGGAGGAAAAAAGGACUGUCCAGCGUGAAAGGGAUAAAUUGUUGGCAGAAGUUGAAAACCUUUCUGCAAAUUCUGAUGGACAUGCACAAAAAGUGCAAGACGCUCACUCCCAGAAAUUAAAACUUCUUGAAGCUCAGAUACAAGAUCUUAAGAAGAAAGAAGAGAAUCAGGUUCAACUCUUAAAACAGAAACAAAAGAGUGAUGAAGCAGCCAAAAAGUUACAAGAUGAAAUACAGUGCAUCAAGGCACAAAAGGUUCAACUGCAGCAUAAGAUUAAACAGGAAGCCGAACAAUUCCGACAAUGGAAAGCAUCUCGAGAAAAGGAACUAUUACAGUUAAGGAAGGAGGGGAGAAGAAACGAGUAUGAAAGACAUAAACUGCAAGCAUUGAAUCAGCGUCAAAAAAUGGUUCUUCAGAGGAAGACUGAGGAAGCUGCAAUGGCUACCAAGAGGUUAAAAGAAUUGCUAGAAGCACGGAAAACUACAGCCCGAGAAAACUCUGUGAGUAGCAACGGGAAUGGAGUAAAUGCACAGAGCAAUGAAAAGUCCUUGCAGCGUUGGCUAGAUCAUGAGCUUGAAGUUAUGGUGAAUGUUCAUGAAGUUCGUUUCGAGUAUGAGAAGCAAAGUGAAGUUCGGGCUGCAUUGGCAGAAGAGUUGGCUGUUUUGAGACAGGUUGAUGAAUUUGCUUCCAAGGGUGUUAGCCCUCCUAGAGGGAAGAAUGGCUUAUCGAGGGCAUCUUCAAUGUCACCAAAUGCAAGAAUGGCGAGGAUUGCUUCUCUUGAAAGCAUGCUUAGUAUUUCAUCAAAUUCACUUGUUUCCAUGGCCUCACAGCUUUCAGAAGCAGAAGAACGAGAGCGUAGUGUCAGUAGUCGUGGACGCUGGAACCAGCUUCGCUCUAUGGGGGAUGCAAAAAACCUGCUCCAGUAUAUGUUCAACUAUCUUGGCGAUGCAAGGUGCCAAUUGUGGGAAAAGGAAACUGAGAUCAAAGAGAUGAAAGACCAGAUGAAAGAACUUGUAGGCUUAUUGCGACAAAGUGAAGUCAGAAGGAAGGAAAUCGAAAAGGAGCUAAAACUGAGAGAGCAAGAUGUUGCUACUGGAUUGGCUACACCUCCUUCAGGAAACUCGCACAAACACGUUGCAGAUGAUACUAGUGGCCCUUUAUCUCCAAUUCCAGUACCAGCACAGAAACAACUCAAAUAUACGGCAGGAAUUGCUAAUGGUUCAGUCAGAGAAUCUGCAGUAUUCACGGAUCAAACACGAAAGAUGGUGCCUAUGGGUCAGUUGUCAAUGAAGAAAUUAGCACUUGUUGGACACGGUGGGAAACUGUGGAGAUGGAAGAGGAGUCAUCACCAGUGGCUAUUACAGUUCAAGUGGAAGUGGCAAAAACCUUGGAGACUCUCGGAAUGGAUUAGACACAGUGAUGAAACGAUCAUGAGGGCCAGGCCUCGUCCGCAGGCUCUUCCUGAUGUUAUGUAUAGAAACGGUCACUAGCUAAUAUAUCUCAACCUUGUGCAUUCAUUACCCAUUCCAGCUCCCGACACAUGGCACAGGGAAGUGUAUUUGAAAUAAGUGCAGGUUGAUGUAUAUGUGGCAGUUGGACAACUUUUGCCUAUAGGUUAUAGCUAUAUCGGUAGACAGGAACAUGAGUGAAAUGGUUUUUUCGACCUUGGAAUUUUGUAGUCGUGGUUGCUCAUCGGUUGCAUCUUGUGGAACGGUGCCACUAUGAAUGGGUACUCACUUGCCUGCGUAAUACUGAGGACCACACUUUGAGCUGUGGAAAUUCUGAUGUAACGGAGAUGGUUAUAUUUGUGCAUCUCCUGGUGUACUCCAUUGUUGUAUAUACGUGUCCAAAGUCUUAUCUUAUUUUCAUCAAAUCACUGUAGUGCUUGUGAAAUUCUCCUUUCUUCUUCUGUAAGGGUUUCUUCCUGUUUGAUUUUUUUUGGCUAAUUGGCCUGUUUGUACAUUGUGUGUAAGCACAAUAUUGGUCUUUUUUAAAGGGGUUAUGCAGUGCAGCAUUAGGUUCGGAAAGAUA